GAAGGCAUGUGUUUCUGCCAUGCGGUGCAGGCACCAUAAGAUACUGCUACUUUUAAGCUGCUUACCCCUGAGCAAAAGGCUUUAAAUGCCCCUCUCCUGCUGCUGCAAGUGAGUGAGUGUGCAACACUGGCAGUGUGCUGCAGAUCACACAGACGUUCCAAUUAGCCACCACCGUCCUCCCGGAUCCUCAAGCCGAUUCUGGGCCACUUUCUGGCCCUUGGAGAGGGAGCCAGCAGCUAGUGCAGAGGAAGGAUUGGUAUUUAUAGAAAAAUGGGGCCUCACAAUACCCUUUUUGGAGGAAGAAUUAUUAAGGAUCCGUGCUGCCGUGUCCCAGUUUCGUGAUUGGUGCUUUCGCGAGUAAGGCAUCCAGAGCUGGCCAGCCAGACUCGGCGGAGAUUGCAGAGUCAACUUGCCGGCAAGGGCACUUUGGUUUUUCUGCGCACCAUCAUCCCCUGCUCGUGCAUUUGAGAUUGCGAUGCUCCUGUGGGCCGACUCUGGGAUGACAGGACAUUUUAAAGUCACAGUCCUGGUGUGUUCUAAGAAGGAGGCGUCAGGCUGAGGUGUGCGCUGUAGUCGCGUAGAGAGGGAUUUGAUUUGGACAUUACUGCCGAGGCCACAUAUUUGACAGCUGUCCUACAGAACUGAGGCACAAUGAAGAAAUUCCUGCAGAACAAGAGGGGACGGUACUCCUUGCGUCAGGGCAAGUCUGUCCCUCGUCAGUCUUCGAAAGAUUUCUUCCUCACUAUGCCGGCAUCCAACCAGAACUGGCCAGAGGAGUUUGGUUUCCAGCUGGGAGGCAAUGGCCCCAGCUACAUCGUGUCCGUGGAUGAGGGCAGCAGUGCCCAGUUGUCAGGUCUGCAGCCUGGAGACCAGGUGCUGGAGAUCGAGGGCCAGGAUGUGUCCACCCUCAGUGCCCAGGAGCUCACUGCCUUGGCCCAGUCGCAAAAGAACAUCCCCCCCAGCAUUGGGGUGGUCUCACGCAUCCACCAGAUGGACAUCACCCCAGGGCCUGACGGACGAUUUGGUUUCACCAUUGUGGGAGACUGCCCCCUACUGGUGGAGGACUGCUCUCCCUUCUCACCGGCGGGUCGCGGAGGCCUGCGGGCGGGCGACUACGUCAUGGAGGUCAAUGGGAUCCCGGUGAAGGACCACGAGACGGCCGCGUCGCUGAUCAAGGCGUCACAGGGCCGCACGUUGCGGCUGGGGGUGCUGUGCAUGGGCAGCCGGCAGAAGCGCUGCAGCAGCAGCAUCGAGGACUCGCAGCAGGGCAGUGAUGGCCUCAGGCUGGACCGCAAACACAAGGCCCUGGAGUUCAACAAGAAGAUUGACCAAGUGCUAGGUGACGAGCCUGAGGUCAAGGAGAAGCUGUUUGCUGUUCUGAAGCAGUACGCUGCCGAGAGGAAGGUGGAUUGGCUGGCCUCCGUCCUCCCUGACAUUCUGACCAAUGAGGAGCAUCAGAAGCUCAUUGCUAACAUCAGGAUCUUCAUUCCCAAGAAGCACCGGCAGCGCUUCGACGAGGCCGUGUCGCGGAGCCUGAUCGAGCGGGUGUGCCGAGCGCCGGGGAAAGGCGCCGAGCCGGGUAGCCGGGGCCGGCUCCGCCGCAGCCGUAGCCAGGAGCACCACGAGCGGCAGCACAACUCCAAGCGCACCAGCUCCGUGCCGCGCGACCCCGCCGAGAAUGGCCUGCGCAAGAGCGCCACUGCCAACAUCCCCGUCCUGCCCAACCAGAGGAUACUGAGGGUUAACAGGGGAAAGAAGAGCUUUGGCUUCACCCUCAGAGGCCAUGCUCCUGUGUGCAUAGACUCUGUGCUUGCAGACAGUCCUGCAGACGAAGGUGGCCUCAAGCCGGGAGAUCGUAUUCUGUUUCUCAAUGGUCUCGACAUGAGGAACUGCACCCACGAGAAGGUGGUGUCCAUGCUGCAGGGCAGCGGCGCCAACCCCACGCUGGUGGUGGAGGAGGGGCCGGCCUCGUCUGACUCGGAGGAGGCCGACCAGUCGCCCCCACCACCGCUGCCCCAGUCGCGCUCGCCGGCCCUCGUCUCCCUGCAGUGGGUGGCGGAGAUCCUGCCGCCCAGCAUCCGCGUCCACGGCCGCACCUUCAGCCAGACCCUGGAGCAUGUGCUCACUGUGCAGGAGCGCUACAGCAUCUGCAAGUCCCUGGAGACCUUCUUCCAGCACAGAAACGUGGACACGCUGAUUGUGGACAUCUAUCCUGUGCUGGACACGCCGGCCAAGCAGGUGAUCUGGCAGUUCAUCUACCAGCUGCUGACCUACGAGGAGCAGGAACACUGCCAGAGCAAGAUCUCCCGCUUUCUCGGCUUCAAGUCAGCAGAGUCAGAGCUGGGCCCCGAGUCCCACCGGAGGAGCAGCUCCAUGCGUGUGACGGGCACAUCACACAGAAACAGCGUGAGAGAGCGGAGCUCCGACGAUUGCAUCAUCGGCACUCACCUGGGAAUGGGGAUGUACACUGAGCCUGGGGCCGGGCCCUCGCCAGAGGAGAGGCAGUGCGGAGACGGCACCUCCUUCCCCGAGUCGCCCAGCAUGAACCAUCAUAUGUCAGGAGUGUACACCGAGUUGGAGGGUGUGUAUACAGGAAAGAGUGCUGCAUCCUUCCAGAGUCACUCCUCCCCAGGCAACGGCAGCCUACCAGACAGCCAAACACACCCCCGCUCAUCCUUCUCCUCAGGGACCCGUAAACCUGGCCUCUCCCUUACAUGGAAGGAACCCAGCUCCCAUUUCGAGUUCUACCAGACCUCUCCCGACCCGUCGCCGGGCAGCGUGGAGUCCAACCCAUACGUGACCCUGGACAGCCCCCUGCCCUCGCCCAACUACCCACUGGUUGACGAGCUGCCCAGUCCGCUCUCGCGCCGCCGCAAGCUCUUCACCUUCUCCAGGCCGCCUCGUAGCCGCGACACUGACAAGUUCCUGGACGCGCUUAGCGAGCAGCUCGGCCACCGUGUUACCAUCGUCGACGACUUUGUGGCCGGAGAGAACGACUAUGAGGAGGCAUGUGUCUCACAUGUACACACUCACACAUACAAACACAAACAGAUGAGUUUCCAGGACGAGCAGGAGGCGAACACUUUGCGUCGGCAGCUAAGCAGUGCCAGCAGUGACAUGCACAGCAGCAGCGACGACACCAACUCCCUCACCUACUCCUCCGGUUCUGACCACAUCCCACCGCCACCCCAAAGCCCCCCGCCUCCCCCUCCCCCUGCACAGUUCACCGACCCCCCUCCGCCCAUCUCGCUGCCCCUAGAGCAUCUGCCGCAGCCGCCUCUGGCCUUCCAGCACCACCCCAUCAUUCCGGUUCCACCCCCACCUCCCCCGUGCCCCUUCCUGGGCGGCCGGCCGCCACUCAACAAGGUACUCUCCAGGGAUGAUCUGCAGGGGCGCCGCCGCCACCAGCACCGCUACCAUCAUACCCAGCAGCAGCAGCAGCAGCAGCAGCAGCAACCCCAGUCCAACGCGGUGGCUCACACCUCCCCCCAGCCCCGAUCCCUGCCCUCCAGCCACCAGCUCCACCACCCCCACCACAGGAGCCAGACGGCAAUGCUCCCCUCGCCCCAGAACUCCCCCCAGCCGCCGCGCGCCUCACAGCCUUCGCUGCCACACGCCCCGCACCCCAUCCUCCCCAACUCCCUGCAGCUCCAGCUCUCCUCCUUCCAUGCCCGGCAGAGCAGCCCCUCGGCCCGGCCCCAGCAGGCCCACGUCUCCCUGCCCACCAGCCAGACCUACGAGAGCGCCCUCUUGCAGAAGGUGCCCCCGCCGCCCCCUCCUCCGCUACCCCCGUGCGAGCCCCCGCCCCUUCCCAAGUCCUCCCCGAGUGGCGCCGACGCCAACCAAAUGAGUGUGAAGAGGCUGCGUUGGGAACAGGUGGAGAACUCCGAGGGCACCAUCUGGGGACAGCUUGGGGAAGACCCAGAUUAUGAUAAACUAAGUGACAUGGUGAAGUACCUCGAUUUGGAGUUGCAUUUUGGUACACAGAGAAGUUCCAUCUCUCUUCCAGAGCCCACCUUCCUCCUGGAGAGCUUUAAAAAGAAAGACGUGAUCGAGAUCCUCUCCCACAAGAAGGCCUACAAUGCUUCCAUCUUGAUAGCGCACCUGAAGCUGUCCCCCGCCGAGCUGCGGCAGGUCCUCAUGACCAUGAGCACGGAGCACCGCCUGGAGCCCACCCACAUCAAGCAGCUGCUGCUCUACGCCCCCGACGACGAGGAGGUCAAGCAGUACGCGCAGUAUGACCAGGACCCCUCCAAACUCAGCGAGCCGGAUAAGUUUGUCCUCCAGAUGUUAUUGGUUCCUGAGUAUAAGACCAGACUACGGAGUCUCCAUUUUAAGACUACUCUGCAGGAGAAGGUGGAGGAAAUGAGGGCUGGCUAUGAGUGCAUCUACAAAGCCUCCCUGGAGCUUAAGAGUAGCAAAAAGCUGGCAAAGAUCCUGGAGUUUGUGUUGGCAAUGGGGAAUUACCUGAACAAUGGUCAACCUAAAACAAAUAAAACAACUGGAUUUAAAAUUAACUUUCUCACUGAGCUCAGCACAACAAAAACUGUUGAUGGGAAGUCAACCUUUCUUCAUGUUCUUGCCAAAUCACUAUGCCAACAUUUCCCAGAGCUUAUAAACUUUAACAGGGACCUCACAACCGUGCCACUUGCUGCUAAAGUCAACCAGAGAACUAUCACUGCAGACCUCACAGACCUCCACUCAACCAUUGAAGACAUCCGGACGGCCUGUCUGAAGAUCCCAGCCACGGCCGAGGAUCGCUUUGCAGUCAUCAUGAGUAGCUUUCUGGAGAACAGCCACCCGGCGAUGCAGUCCCUAGACUCACUCCAGCAGAGGGCCAUGGAGGAGUUCAGCAAGGUGGCCUCCUUCUUCGGGGAGGACAGCAAGGCCACCUCCACCGAGGCCUUCUUCGCCAUCUUUGCAGAAUUCACCUCCAAGUUUGAGCGUGCGUUACACGAGACCCAGGCCAUUGAAAACCCCCGAAGCCCACGCAUGACUUCUCCUCUGGCUUGGUGAGAGGCGGGCAUAUCAACGACUCUCGACCAAUGUGCCAACAGCUUGCACAGGGACGACUGUGGAAAGUAAAAACAUUGUAUGGAAUUUAUUCAGGCAGUAUGGCCAAACUUAAUUUAUGCUUAAGGGUAUCUGAGCUGAUUCAGACUCUUAUUUAAAAAAAAAUGUCAUAGUUCAGGAGAUGUUCAGGAGAUAUAAAUAUAUAUAUAUAUAUUUUAUACAGUGUUUGAUUAUAUUUGACAAUGGAAUUGUGGAGCAUGUGUAUGGACCUAUCAAUGAUCUCUGAAUGCCAGUGGCAAAGAAUGUAUCCAGAAUAUGUAUUAUUUAUUAUUGUUGUUUGGUAAGAAUGAUGUUCAGAUAGAUGUGGCCAGGACUUAUCUCUGUUUUGUUUGCUUCCCCCUUCGCAUCCAUGGUUUUUGGUCCAUGGUAGUAAAAUACACAUUGCAGCCAUGCAGAAAAACACACCAGUACAUGGUAAAGAUACAUACAUGCUAUUUUAAUGGAUCACAUGAAAAUUCCAAAAUGAUCAUGAUUUUACAAAAGAUUCAGUAUUGAAACGCUAUAUGUCCUGACGUUAUAGUAAUACAGUGUAAUUUAAUCCAUGUGAGAUUUGGCUUGGAAAACAAUUCCAAAAUAUGUUCUAAUCUAUUUUUACCAGUUCAUUAUGACAUAUCCAGCACAUUUUGGUAAGACCAGUGAUUAGCCUAGCAUGUGGUAUAGGGAACAGCUGUGUGUUUCAGUCCUCUCAAAGCUGAGUAUUGACAAAAAGAAAAAGAUAUUCCGGCACUGUUGGUAUAAUUACUUGUAAAGCAGUCGCUGUCCUGUUUCUCUUAACUUUAUCAUUUCUUUAUUACUGGUGGAGUCAAUAUGUUAUUGUCUUCUUGAUCAGAGGUGGCAGCGUCAGAACAUAUUUCUGUUUAUUGUAUGUAUUGAACACAGAUGAGUUGUUGUUACUUUGUUUGUUUGUUUCGUUUAUCACAUGUGCUUCUGUCUUUUCCCCCUUCCACUGGUGUAGCUUGGUUUAUGAUAGGCCCUAUUGCUGAACGUGAAUCACAAAUGUCAAAACAGCCUCACAGAUUCUGUCACAGAUUCAUUAUAACUAUUUGCUUGUGACAAAAUAGCCUACGGCUACUGUGAUGUCAAUACCCUUUAUUUAUUUGUGUUGUGUAUUAAAUUAUGUAAUUUAUAUGUUUUUUAUGUUACAAUGUACUGUAUAUCAGUAUCACUGUUCUGUAGUACAGCUACUGGCUUCAGUAUGUGGGCCAUAGACUUAUGCCGCUUGAUCUAUGUGUUUUAUAUUGUGAGAAUAAAAUUGCUUUUGCUGACCCA